AGUUCAUGAUUGUUUAUGCUUCCUGAUUUGCAGAUAGAUGUUGUCAAAUGCUUUAAUGAUGCAGAAGGACCACAGUGGAAACAUUCACUUUUUGGGAAUCCAAAUGAUCCUGAAACUUUCAGGAGGAGGUGUGAAAUUGCAGAGACUCUUGCUGAGAGGAAUUUCGACUUGGCUUUCCAGGUGAUCCAUGGGUUCAACCUUCCAGCUGUUGACAUAUAUGCUGGUGUUGCUGCAUCACUUGCUGAGAGAAAGAGGGGAAGCCAACUCACAGAGUUCUUUAGGAACAUUAAAGGCACCAUUGAUGAUGAUGAUUGGGAUCAGGUUUUGGGAGCAGCCAUCAAUGUGUAUGCAAACAAGCACAAAGAGCGACCUGACCGCCUGAUUGACAUGUUGACUAGUAGCCACAGGAAAGUACUUGCUUGUGUUGUCUGCGGGCGUCUCAAAAGUGCAUUCCAAAUUGCAUCCAGAAGUGGAAGUGUGGCUGAUGUUCAGUAUGUUGCACAUCAGGCAUUACAUGCUAAUGCACUUCCAGUUCUUGAUAUGUGCAAACAAUGGCUCGCUCAGUACAUGUAGUCUGGGUUCUAGAAUGUGAAGUUGGUUUGGAGUGGUUGCGGCUUACUAUGCAGAAAUUUUGUUUUCUGCGGCAUAAUGUAAGGUCAUUGUCAAAGAUAUGCUGGUUGCUUUGUUUCAGAUUGGCAACGUAGCUUGCUCAAUGGCACAAUCACUUUAGGAGUGUGUGUCUGGUUUCACAUUUGGGAUGUAGCUUUGCUCAUCGUUGUGGUUUCAAAUUUCUCAUCCAGGUUACCCAGUGUGCAUGCAGUCAGUUAACGUUAUCACCAUUUUAACGAGUACGGCGAGGUGUAAUCCGUCCUCUGACGCGCUGCCGCAUGAGCAUCUCAAGUCCCUUUGAUCAAAGCAUGAAGCGAAAUUCCUAUAUAUAUUCUGAUGUCAAGGAUUGAACUACAUAUUUGAAGUUGCUCAAAGCUGGGAAGUUGCAGGAGUCUGGAUUUGUGGUUGAUAUUUCUUAGGUUCGAUUUUUUCAUCUGUAUAUAAAGGAACAUAUAAAGAGUGGGCAUCCAUUUUUAUUAGGUUGGGGUCCAACUCCCUCAAACUCCUUUUUUUUUUUAUUUGUUUGAGGGGCCAUUGUGCCUUUUCAAUUAACUUUUUGGAACCAUAAUAUGUAUAUCCUUUAGAUUUGAAGAGAGCUUUGAAAAAGGGUUUCUUUUUGGGGUGGUUCUGCAAAUCAUUGUACCAAAAAUUCUGGACUGAUAUAUAUUCUCUUUCGUUAAUCUGUUUCAUUAUUUUUA